UUCAGGCGAACAGAAAUGGCUCUCAAAUGGGUUGUUUUAGGCUACGCAGCAGCUGCUGAAGCGAUCAUGGUGAUCCUCUUGACGAUGCCAGGACUCGACGGUCUCCGAAGAGGAUUGAUCGCCGUCGCACGUAAGCUCUUGAAACCGUUUCUAGCGAUUGUACCUUUCUGUUUCUUCCUCCUUAUGGAAAUCUACUGGAAGUACAAGACUCGACCUUCCUGCUACGGCGAUUCAUGUACUCCUUCCGACCACCUUCGUCACCAGAAGUCGAUCAUGAAGUCUCAGCGUAACGCGCUACUUAUAGCGUCAGCUCUCACUUUCUACUGGAUUCUUUACUCCGUCACGAAUCUCGUCGUUAGGAUCGAGCAAAUUAACCUGCGGGAUGAGAGGUUUAGGAACAGGGUUUAAGACAAAGCUUUGUGUUAUGUCGUUAGGCUUUUGUUUUUUUU